GGGUCACUUCUAGUCUCCCCUAGGCAGACCUUUAUAGACGAGCUUUCCUUCUAAUAGGUAAAUUUAAAAUUCCCCUCGUCUGAUAGGUCAUGGGUUUUUCAAUUUCGGUUGCGUUACUCAAGUUCGUGCUUGUAUCACUCCACUUGCACAACGCACCCCGUUUCUUAAGUUGUGGCUCUCGGGAUCUACUUCAUCUGUAUUUGUUGUGGUCUACUACGGGGAUCUCGUGUCAUAUAUUCAAGCCCUUGUUAAAAUUGACGCGCUCUCGUCACGACAUUAAUAUUCCUAUCUGCCAUUGGUUUGCCACGCAUGUCGGUUUGCUUCCGCAAUUAAAGUUCUUCGAGAGGGGGAUCGGAAUAAUUUCCUUCUUAGAUCAGAGCUCGCUGAUGGUCGUCACUGCCUUAUAGUAGUUCCAGCAGUCGCGCUACUGCUCAAUACCCACGAUGAUCCAAAUUCAUGUGUAGAAGCUCGCCAGUGCACGAAGUAGUAAGCUCCACCUUGCUCCACAACUGAACAAACAAGGCAGGUGUCGUGGAACGAAGAAGAGUGGAG